GUUCCCCGAGGUCAAACAACCCUGAUGCAGCACUCAAUGAAAUCGAGUUUUUCAUCCCUGUUAUAAAGAAAUUAACUUAUUACAAUUGGGAAGUUGUCUAAUAUGCAUAACAAUAAUCAACUACACAUUACAUUUACUGUAGAGAUAGGUUUUUACAAAUGUGAGAAACAGCAGUUUAUACUGUUGUCUUGUUUUAAACAAGUGUAUUUAUUGCUGACAUAGAGAUUGAAAAAGCCUGCUAAUGCAAAAAUUAAUGCUUCCUUGCUUUUUUUUCAGUCCCUUCAGUUGGAAGAAUGGCCCGUGUCUUCGUUUACGGGACACUGAAGAAAGGCCAGCCAAACUACCCCCACAUGAUAAAUGGGGUUCAUGGGACAUCCCAAUUCCAGGGCAGAGGACUUACAGUGGAGAAAUACCCACUGGUGAUUGCAGGCAAAUACAAUAUCCCUUAUUUGCUGAAUAAUCCAGGAAAGGGGCACCGUGUUUCUGGAGAAAUAUAUUCCGUUGAUGAUCAGAUGUUGCAAUUCCUUGAUGAAUUUGAAGGAUGCCCAACCAUGUAUCAGCGUACUCCAAUGAGAGUUGAGGUACUCGAGUGGGAAAAUAAAAAUAGCACAUCUAAAGAACUAUCAGCAAUUAACAACAUCCUGGAAUGUGAUGUGUACAGCACUACAACUUACCAGCCUGAAUGGAUGCAUCUCCCUUACUAUGAUGACUAUGAUUCUUUUGGGAAGCAUAAUCUUUUGUACGUCUUGAGAGAAAGCAGAGAAUAGAAGUAGAAAAAUCAAACAAUACUUUUAGCUAUGAACACCUACCCAGGUGCAGAAGAACAUCUUUACUAUUUUAUGCUGAAAUGCAGUCCUAAUUUACCUCUUCAGAACAUAAUUGAAUUAAUUUAUAUUAUUAAGUGAACGUCCAACUGAACAAGAUGUUGAAAGAAUGAUCCGAACACCAGCACUCAUUUGCCUUGCUAAGGUUAACAGGGUAAUUUAAAUAUUUCAGUUAUGUUAGACCAGUGUUUUUCAACCUUUUUUGUGCAAAGGCACACUUUUUUCAUGAA